AUGGCAGACAAACUAGACAUGGGGGAAAUCACCAGCUUUGACAAGACCAAGCUGAAGAAGAUGGGGACGCAGGAGAAUACCCUGCUGACCAAAGAGACCGUAGAGUGGGAGGAGUAG